UCAGAUUCGCUUGGAUUUACCUUCGUUUUCUCUGUGAUUUACCUUCGUUUUCUCUGUGUACCCAAAUUCCAGAACCCAGAGCUCCUAGUUACAUUGCGUACUCAUAAUUUGAGAACAUUUAAUUCAGAAAUUGUGAUCAGAAACUGAGGGGAAAGAUAUUAGAAUGGCUCAGGCAGUGGAGGAAUGGUACAAGCAGAUGCCUAUCAUCACCCGCUCGUAUCUCACAGCCGUUAUUGUCACCACCGUCGGUUGCUCUCUAGACAUAAUAUCACCUUAUAAGUUGUACUUGAACCCUAUGCUAGUGGUCAAGCAAUAUGAGUUCUGGCGUCUCAUCACCAACUUCUUAUACUUCCGGAAAAUGGACUUGGACUUUAUGUUUCACAUGUUCUUUCUUGCUCGAUACUGCAAGCUCCUUGAAGAGAACUCGUUCAGGGGAAGGACGGCUGAUUUCUUUUACAUGCUUUUAUUUGGUGCCACUGUUUUAACUGGAAUUGUUCUUAUUGGGGGGAUGAUACCUUACUUGUCGGAGUCGUUUGCAAAAAUUAUAUUCCUCAGCAAUUCAUUGACCUUCAUGAUGGUCUAUGUGUGGAGCAAGCAAAAUCCUUUCAUACAUAUGAGUUUCUUGGGCCUUUUUACUUUCACAGCAGCUUAUCUACCCUGGGUUCUUUUGGGAUUCUCUAUCCUUGUUGGCGCUAGUGCCUGGGUAGAUCUACUGGGAAUGAUUGCUGGCCAUGCCUACUAUUUUCUUGAAGAUGUGUAUCCACGAAUGACAGCUCGCCGGCCUCUAAAGACUCCGUCGUUUAUCAAAGCAAUAUUUGCUGAUGAGCCUGUUGUGGUGGCACGGCCUGUGAAUGUGCCAUUUGCUCCACCACCUGCAGAGGACGUUGCCCAAGAUUAAUCAGGAUCACUGGGAAAACUGGACUUGUGGGGGCUAACCCUCGGUGUAUUUAUCUGGAAUUGGAAAUAGCGAGCAUCAACAGGAAAAUUGUCGGCCCUGUAAUAUAUAUAUAUUAUUGAAGAAUAUUUUGAUAUGCUAAUUGCUUUUUUGUGCAUUUUUAUUUGAUUUAAGGUUUAGCAAACGCAUACGAUGAAAGGUUUUACUGAAAUUGCAGAAAUUUGUCUUGUUUCUUUGCC